AUGCAGCUUGUUCCGAAGGAGCUCGACAAGCUCACCAUUGCACACCUCGGGUUUCUGGCACAGCGUCGCCUGGCCCGGGGUGUCCGAUUGAACCAUGCCGAAGCAGUUGCCUUGAUUUCAUCUGUUCUGCACGAGCUUAUUCGUGAUGGCCAUUACUCAGUCGCCGAUUUGAUGUCCAUCGGCAAGACUAUGCUGGGUCGUCGGCAUGUCUUGCCGUCGGUUGUUGCUACUCUCAUUGAAUUGCAGGUCGAGGGUACGUUUCCGACUGGUACAUACCUGGUUACAGUGCAUCACCCCAUUAGUAGUAAUGAGGGUGAUCUCGAGCGUGCACUGUACGGUAGCUUCCUGCCAGUUCCUUCGCACCAGGCGUUCCCCGAUCCCGAUCCCGAGGACUUCAUGCCUGAGAAGAUGCCCGGCGCCGUCAUUCCGGUAAAACAUGCUCGCGUCGCGCUGAACGAUGGACGGAAACGUAUUCGUCUCAAGGUCAUGAGUAAGGGUGACCGACCGAUUCAGGUCGGAUCACACUACCAUUUUAUUGAGACGAACCCGCAAUUGCACUUUGAUCGCAUCCAGGCAUAUGGAUACAGACUGGAUAUUGCAGCCGGCACGUCUAUUCGUUUCGAGCCGGGCGAUACCAAAACCGUGACUCUGGUUGAGAUUGGCGGCAAAAAGGUGAUCCGUGGAGGCAAUUGGCUGGCCAAUGGUCCCGUGGAUCUGAGCCGUGUGGAUGAGAUCGUGACGAAGCUUCAAACUGCAGGAUUUGCGCAUGUGCCCGAGCCGACUGCCGACGCUGUUUUGACUACUGGAUUCUCGAUGGAGCGUGAGGCCUACGCUCGCAUGUUUGGACCGACUACCGGGGAUUUGGUGCGCUUGGGCUUGACCAACCUAUGGAUUGAGGUGGAGAGGGAUAUGACGCAUUACGGAGACGAGUGUGCAUUCGGUGGAGGCAAGACGCUCCGUGAUGGAAUGGCGCAGGCAUCUGGCCGCUCUGCUGCUGAGUGUUUGGAUACGGUCAUCACGAAUGCGCUGAUCGUUGAUUGGUCGGGUAUCUACAAGGCCGAUAUUGGUAUCAAGGACGGCCUCAUUUCUGGAAUUGGCAAAGCUGGAAAUCCGGAUACUAUGGAAGGCGUGCACCCCGAGAUGGUGGUGGGUGCGUCCACGGACGUGAUUGCCGGCGAGAACAAGAUCAUCACAGCUGGCGGUUUCGACACGCACAUCCAUUUGAUUUGCCCGCAGCAAGUAGAUGAAGCUCUUGCUUCUGGUAUCACUACCUUCCUCGGUGGUGGCACAGGUCCUAGCACUGGAUCGAACGCUACAACCUGUACACCUGGUCCGAACCAUCUGCGCCAGAUGAUGCAGGCCUGUGACAGUCUGCCUAUCAACAUUGGAAUCACGGGCAAGGGCAACGACUGUGGACCGAUUAGCAUUGUGGAGCAAAUCAAAGCGGGUGCAGCUGGCCUGAAGCUGCACGAGGACUGGGGCUCUACACCGGCGGCCAUUGACAACUGUUUGGGAGUCUGUGACGAGUACGAUGUCCAGUGCAUGAUUCAUACGGAUACCCUGAACGAGUCCGGUUUCGUCGAGCAGACUAUAGAGGCUUUCAAGGGCCGCACGAUCCACACAUACCACACGGAAGGUGCUGGUGGUGGCCACGCACCAGAUAUUAUUUCGGUCGUUGAGCACCCCAACGUCCUUCCCAGCAGCACGAACCCAACCCGUCCCUUCACCCUGAACACCCUUGAUGAGCACCUGGACAUGUUGAUGGUGUGCCAUCACCUAUCCAAGAACAUUCCCGAGGACGUCGCCUUCGCCGAAAGCCGUAUUCGCGCGGAGACUAUUGCCGCCGAGGACGUGCUCCACGACCUGGGCGCUAUUAGUAUGAUGUCCUCUGACUCACAGGCCAUGGGCCGUUGCGGAGAGGUCAUCCUGCGUACCUGGCAUACUGCACACAAGAACAAGGCCCAGCGUGGCCAGCUGCCCGAGGACCAGGGCACCAACAACGACAACUUCCGCGUGAAGCGUUAUAUUAGCAAGUAUACCAUCAACCCGGCCCUGGCACAGGGUAUGGGACAUCUCAUCGGUAGUGUUGAGAUUGGCAAAGUCGCCGAUCUCGUUCUUUGGAACGCCAGCGCCUUUGGCACAAAGCCGGUGCAGGUUCUGAAGAGCGGUAUGAUUGCUGUUGCAGAAAUGGGUGACGCCAACGCUUCCAUCCCAACCAUCGAACCGAUGAUCAUGCGACCAAUGUUUGCGCCUCGCGUUCCAAGCACAUCAAUCAUGUUCGUGUCCCAGGCCUCUAUCGACGAAGGCAUCGUGCAGACCUACGGCCUACGCAAACGCAUCGAAGCUGUCAAGGGCUGCCGCACCGUCGGCAAAAAGGACAUGAAGUUCAACGAUGUAAUGCCGAAGAUGAAAGUUGACCCCGAGAGCUAUACCGUCGAAGCAGACGGCAUGCUGUGCGACGCCGAGCCCGCUACCGAGUUACCACUGACGCAGGCCUACUACAUCUUCUAA